CUCUCUCUCUCUCUCUCUCUCUCUCUCUCACACACACUCUCUCUCUCUCUCUCUCUCUCACACACACACACACACUCUCUCUCUCUCUCUCACUCACACACACACACUCUCACACACGCGUGCGUGCGGACUGAUUCAUGCUGAAGGUUCCUCCUUCGUCCUCCUCCAGUCUUUCUCUAACCACACCCUACCCUCAUCCCUACACAGGCUCGGUCUCCAUCACCACCACCAUGGACGCUUGCUCUUCUCAGUGGACCCACAAUGUUUUGUUUUUAUUCUAUGCAGUGGGAAAAGGUUUCACUAUCACUAAUACACUCCAGUUGGCACUUAUGUGGGCGGAGUCCAGAACGCUCAGAUUCCAUUGAUGGGAGCUCCCUGUGUGAGCACUGUAACCUGACUACGGUACACUCAUACUUGGGUGGAGUUUAUUUGGCUCCGUCUAAAGUUUGACAAAGAAGUCGCUGCAUCACGAUGUAAAGCUGAGUGAGCUACACAACUUUAAUCACGACUGCUCAGUGUGUUUGUAGACAGGUUGGUGUACGUACUACACCAGAUCUCUACGACUCGCCGCCACUUUCUUCAGCACUGUUCUUGCGUCUAGUUACAGGAGGAUGUACACUGUGUCAUUCAGUAAAGAGUAAAACUCUCCGGAAGACUGGAGCAUCGGCGACCACUCAACUGUGUGUGGAGGCAGUCAGCAUUCUUAUUGUCAUGGUGGGAGCUGGGUGUGUGUGCAGCAGUCAUGGUGUGUGUGUCAGAGUUCUACAAAGGGAAGUGUGUGUUGAUCACCGGGGCGACUGGCUUCAUGGGGAAGGUGUUGGUGGAGAAGCUGCUGCGUUCUUGUCCUGAAGUUAAAGCUGUUUACCUGCUGAUCCGCACCAAACAGGGCCAGAGCUCACAGCAGAGGAUCCACACCAUGCUGCAGAGCAAGUUGUUUGACAGGCUCCGGGAUGAGACCCCAGACUUCCAUAAGAAGAUCAUCCCAGUUAGCAGUGAGCUAACUCAGCCUGGACUCGCUCUGAGUGAUGAAGAUGUACAGACACUCACACAGCAUGUUCACAUCAUCUUCCACUGCGCAGCCACAAUACGCUUCGACGAGCCGCUCAAACAUGCUCUGCAGCUGAAUGUCAUUGCGACACAUCAGCUCUUAUCUCUAGCUCAGCAGAUGCAGCAGCUGCUUGCCUUCAUUCACAUCUCCACUGCAUACGCCAACUGCAACCGCCAUCAUAUUGAUGAGGUCAUCUACCCCCCACCUGUGGAGCCCAGCAAGCUCAUUCAUUCACUGGAGUGGAUGGAUGAUGCAAUUGUCCGGGACAUCACACCAAAGCUGAUCGGUGAUUGGCCGAACACGUACACUUACACCAAGGCAUUGGCAGAGUGUGUGGUGCAGCGGGAGAGUGGAAAUCUGAAUGUGGGGAUCAUCAGGCCGUCUAUCGUUGGGGCCAGCUGGCAGGAACCUUUCCCUGGCUGGAUUGACAACUUCAAUGGUCCGAGUGGUGUCUUUAUUGCGGCAGGAAAGGGCAUCUUGAGGACAAUGAGAGCCAGUAAUGAUGCAGUAGCAGAUCUGAUUCCAGUUGAUGUUGUGAUCAACCUCACACUUGCUGCAGGAUGGUACACUGCAGUGCACAGACCGAAGUCUGCUCUGGUUUAUAACUGUACAACAGGAGGCAUUAACCCUUUCCACUGGGGAGAGAUCGAGCAUCAUGUGAUGUCAACGUUUAAGCGGAAUCCUCUUGAGCAGGCGUUUCGUCGGCCCAACGCUAACAUUACCUCAAACUACCUGAUUAAUCAGUACUGGAUCCUGGUUAGCCACAAGUUCCCUGCACUCCUCUACGACUUGUUCCUGAGACUGUCUGGACAAAAACCUCAAAUGAUGCGGAUCUUUAACAGGCUACAUAAAGCCAUCGGACUGUUGGAGUAUUUCAGUAGUCAGGACUGGGAGUGGAAUUCUGACAACAUGAACAUGCUGAUGAACCAGCUGAGCCCUGAGGACCGCAAGAUGUUUAACUUUGAUGUGCGUCAGUUAAAUUGGCCCGAGUACAUUGAGAAUUACUGUAUCGGCACCAAGAAGUACGUACUGAAUGAGGACAUGGCCGAUAUUCCUGCGGCCAGACAACAUCUGCGCAAACUGAGGAAUAUCCGUUACACAUUUAACACCGUCCUACUGGUCUUUAUUUGGCGUGUGUUUAUCGCUCGUUCUCAGAUGGCCAGAAACAUCUGGUACUUUGUCGUCAGUUUGUGUUUUAAGUUCCUUUCCUACUUCAGAGCCUCGAGCACCCUCACCAAAUAGA